GAAGUAGCUCUCCGCCCUGCUGGUGGGCCAUGGAGGCGGUGGCACAGUAGUGCUUGAGGUGUGAGGUUUGCGGGGCGGUGGCCAUGGAGGCCGUACUGAACGAGCUGGUUUCUGUGGACGACCUGCUGAAGUUUGAAAAGAAAUUUCAGUCUGAGAAAGCAGCAGGCUCCGUGUCCAAGAGCACGCAGUUUGAGUAUGCCUGGUGCCUGGUGCGAAGCAAGUACAACGAUGACAUCCGUAAAGGCAUUGCACUGCUGGAGGAGCUGCUGCCCAAAGGGAGCAAAGAGGAGCAGCGAGAUUAUGUCUUCUACCUGGCUGUGGGGAACUACCGGCUUAAGGAAUAUGAAAAGGCCCUAAAGUAUGUGCGAGGGCUGCUGCAGACAGAGCCCCAGAACAACCAGGCCAAGGAACUGGAACGGCUCAUUGAUAAGGCCAUGAAGAAAGAUGGACUAGUGGGCAUGGCCAUUGUUGGAGGCAUGGCCCUGGGUGUAGCAGGACUGGCUGGACUCAUCGGAUUUGCUGUGUCCAAGUCCAAAUCCUGAAUGGGACUGCACCUCCGCCUCUGCCCAGGGAUCCGUGGGAGCCCGUGGAGGACACUUGAAGAGGGGCCCAUCCAUUCUCGCUGUCCCUUUCUUCUCCUGCACCCGUCGCUGUCCUCUGUGGCCUUCAACCUCCUCUCCCCUGAGACCUGUCCUUUAGCCCCAAAUCAUGUGCUUUGGGAUGAGUGUAAAUAAAGUUGGGCCUUGGCUUGGGAA